AUGAUAGCGCUAACCUCUACUCGCCAGUUCGUGCCCUUGAUCCCCUCCAUCGUCGCGCAGCGUGGUGGGGUUACCGUCGACCAAGUCCAGAUGUGGACUUCGGUGCUCAUCUCCGCAUAUGGCGGAGCUUUCGUGGCCGUAUCUCCUCUGAUGCCUUUCUUGGCUCGCAAGGGUCUGUCUCUUUGGGCCGUGCUCGUCGCCGGUCUCGUCUGUGCGGGCGCCUCGCUCGCCCUCCUCCAACUCUCGUCCGUCUUGUCGCUUCUGGUUCUGGCUCGGAUCCUCCAGGGUCUGGCGGGCGCCUCCAUUGCCGGUGCCUGCUCGGCCUUGAUAUCGACGGCCAUAGACCUCAACGGCGGCGCCAGCGUUUUGUCGUGGGUGACCCCCGCGCUCAUCCAGAGCGCGGCUAUGGCCGUCGCCCCAGCUGUCUCGGGCGUGCUGCACGAUUAUGCGGGCGGAGAGACGGCUGUUUUCCGCUGCGCUUACGUCGUCAUCGCCGUCAACGUUGUGCUCGGCCUGCUCGUCUUUGUCUUUGCCCGUGUCCCUGCCGCAAACCGGGCGAACGGUCGUCGCAGAGACGACGGGCCUGCGGCGCAUGAGAGCCGUGCCCAGAACUACGGGACCGUCAGGCUUAGAGGAGGCGGCGAUAUGUUGAUGAGCGGGAACUCAUCGAGGUCCAGCUCUCCUGGUCUGCUGUCGGUGAGCUCGAGGCGGAGCAGCGUUAGCUCCAUCCACCGCGACUCGCCGCAGCCGUCGCCUCCCGGUCUGCGCAUCACCACGGCCGUCUACGGAUACCUGGUCGUCGCUUUCCUCGGCACUGCUCUUCAGAGCGUGUUGCCCAUCUUUGUCGACAAGCGCUUCAACUGGAGCACGUCGGCCGCCGGGAUGAUGUUUGUCUGGCUGUCUGGUCCUGCCGUGCUCGUCGGGCCCCUCGCUGGCGCCCUCAGCUCCCGCGUGACAAUGACGGCUCGCUACCUCGCUGCCGCCGGCUUCCUCGCUUGCGCCCCAGCCCUCAUGUACCUGGGCCGCCUCCCCAGUGGAGACUCGCCCGCCAUCCAGCUCGCAUUCCUCGCCACUCUGGCCGGUAUCUCUGUGGCCCUUGGGCUGUGCGGCGACCCCCUUGCCAGAGAGAUCAGGCGCGUGCGAGCCCGGGCCACGCGGCCAUUCUCGGCCAUCGACGACGACACCAGCGCGGGCACACACGCCUCGAACCUGCCGAACCUGGCCCACGCUUGGGGCAGCUUGACCGGUCCUCUCGUCGCCGGCGCCCUCGCUUCGGUUUGCGGCUGGAAGACUAUGACCAAGUCGCUGGGCAUCGUCAGCGCCCUAUCUGGGCUCUUGACCCUCUUGUUCUUGCAAGGCUGGAUUGGAAGCUCGUUCGGGGCGGCCCAGAACGGAAGUCACGCCUAUGACUCAGACGAAGAGUCGUCGCCUCUCCUGCAUGACUCUGCGCAUGAUGAACCCGAGCAGUUUACCUUCCCUCGAGGGCGGCCCGGCGGGUUUUUCGAUACGGUCGGCAGCAGCGUCAACUCUAACAGCCCAUACAACACCCGCGCUCUUAGCAAGUCAGACGAUUCGAGCGACGCUGCGAGAGAACAGGGCACGUCACAAUACCGAGCGCACCGCCGGCAGUUCAGCGUAGACACGUUUGUGGACCCGUCGCCGUCUUCGUCGAGUAAGGCGGCGUCGUCCUCGGUGUCGUCGGACGAGCUUUUCCGGGCCCGCUUCCAAGCGGCCAUCGACCUGCCCGUGGGCGCCGUGCUGCGGCCGCGCAACGCCGAGGAGCGCUUCGUUAUGAGGGAAGCGCCCCACGCGCCAGCGACGGACCCGCGCCUAGCCGCUGGCCGCCGAUACGUCCUCGACAUGGAGCAGCCGUCGGCCGACGGCGGCAAGGAGAUGGUCAAGCGCCACGUCAUCGUCUUCGAGGAGGGCCAGGUCCCGCCCGGCAUGCUCCAGCGCCGCGAGCACCACACCGUCUCGGUCAACCGCCGCGCUAGCGGCGGAGACGACAACGACGAGGCUGCUAUCUUGGCUGGCAAAGACGACCACACCAUGCGCGUGGCCGAAGAGACGGGUGCUACCGCCGAGCAGGCCGCGUUCCGCGACGAUUCCGCGGCCCGCUACGUUGUUGUUCUCUUGGAGAAGGGCGACGACGACGCGCUGGCCUCGAGCGAGGAGUCCCGCUAA